AUGGCUUCGGACGAUGAAGAUGAUCAUUGCGCAGCAAGCAGGCCGUCCGUUGCCGCCCCAUACAUUCCUGAAUUCGGUCCUGAGAGGCCCCUGCGGGUGGAUGUGUCGGGCAUGCUGCCACGGCCCAUGUGUGGCGCGAAAGAGGGCAUGCUGAAGCGGCAGCUCAUGGCUCUCGCUGAAGCCAUGGCUGUUGAUGACUCGGUGCGGUGGCGGCAGUUCAUGCGGCAGGUGCGGAGGGAGGCAGCAGCGGGGGGGGACACGCUGCAGCGCAUCGCCUUCCACGCGCUCCAGGCACUAGAGGCGCGCAUGGAUGGCACCGCAAUCACGCGUUGGCGCUCCCCCUUGAAAAUCACCCUUCAGGAUUCGGUGGCAGUGUUGGGCCACGGCAACAACGGAGUGCCGGCAUUCAUGCACCUCGCCAACACUGCAGCCGUGCACGAAACAGUCCGCGCAUUCACCCACCAAUCACGCGCACACACACACCCACAUAGUCCACACCCCCAUACUCCCCUCCCCCUGCCAGCCUCUUUCCCUGCCUCUGCCUCUGCCGGCCAGUCGGUGCGGCGGCGGCGGCUGCACAUCAUAGCCAUUGGACUUUACUCCGGGCCGCACUGGAUCGAGAUCUUCAUGCGCCUCGCCGCCCACUUCUCCUCACCCCCUCUCCUCCCUGCCACCGCCGCCACGGCCAAUGGGCAUCCACCAAGUGGAAUCCCAGGUGUGGGAGCGGGGGCAGUGCCGAAUGGAACUGGUGGGGGUGUGAGCGCUGUUCAGGGCAGAGCAGGGGCGUUCGGAGCAGGUUCAACUGGGGGAGGUGCGGCCGCAGAUGCACCUGUGCCAGGCAGCUAUAGCUUUACCAGCAGCGGCAGCAGUGGUAGCCCGCACCCGACAACUCCCUCCGCACCUCUUCCACACGCUACUCCCCCCUCCCGCCCCACGGCCCAUGUGAAAAUCACAGCCGUUGAUUUUGGGUUUGUCAGUCUGGAGGAGUAUCCAACGGGCCUGGUGCAUCUGAGCGGGCAGUACCUGGAGCAGGUGGCAUCUAUGAUGGGCCUCUCCCUGUCGUUUCACGGCAUGGAAACCACCCCACACGACUUCCACCCAUCACAAGUGGAGGUGGAUGAAGGCGAGGAGGUAGUGGUGCUGGCCAAUUGGGGCCUCAUGGUCUUUCCAGACGACACGGUCCUUCGCUCCAACCCCCGCAACGCCAUUCUCAAGUGGAUUCGCGACCUGCGCCCCCUGCUCCUCCUCCAAGUGGACAUUGAUUUAGAUGCCAAUGGGCCCUUCUUCCUCUCGCGCUUCCACGCUGCAUUUGCCAACUUUGCCGCUCUCAUCGAGUCCUUUGAUGCUUCCAUGCCGCACGCCGCCUUGCCGCGCCUCAUCGCGGAAACCAUUCUGGCACGGGACUUCAUAAACGAGGUGGCAUGUGAGGGCAUGGACAGAUGGCUGCGCUCGGAGCGACUGGAGAAAUGGGUGCUUCGGAUGAAAGCAGUGGGGCUGGAGCCGGUGCCGAUAGGGCCGGACACAGUGGCUGCUGGGAGGGAGAUCACAGAGGGCAGAGACAAGAGGUUCCGGCUGGAAGUGCAUGUUGAGACGGGCGCCCUGCAGCUCAGCUGGCGCGGCGUGCCGGCAACGGCAAAGACAGCACGGCAAGACUCGGUCAAUAAAACCAGGGUUCCUAAAAUAUUUCCUGUCAUCUCAUGA